GAAGUGGCGUGCUCGGCCUUUCCGGUUCCCUCACAGCGGGCGUUCGUCUGAGCGGCGGUGUCCGCUGUGAGGCUUCGUCGCCAACGGCUUCUCUCGGCCCGUAGCCCUGCCCCGCGGUUGAGAGAAGAUGGUGGGCAGGAAUAGCGCCAUCGCCGCUGGUGUGUGCGGGGCCCUCUUCAUCGGGUACUGCAUUUACUUCGACCGCAAGAGACGAAGUGACCCCAACUUCAAGAACAGACUGCGAGAACGAAGAAAGAAACAAAAGCUUGCCAAGGAGAGAGCUGGACUUUCCAAGUUGCCUGACCUUAAAGAUGCUGAAGCUGUUCAGAAAUUCUUCCUUGAAGAAAUACAGCUUGGUGAAGAGUUACUAGCCCAAGGUGAAUAUGAGAAGGGUGUAGACCAUCUGACAAAUGCAAUUGCUGUGUGUGGACAGCCACAGCAGUUACUGCAGGUGUUACAGCAAACUCUUCCACCACCAGUGUUCCAGAUGCUUCUGACUAAGCUUCCAACAAUUAGUCAGAGAAUUGUAAGUGCUCAGAGCUUGGCUGAAGAUGAUGUGGAAUGAGAAACAAAUGUCAACAUAAUAAUCUCAAUUAAAAAUAUUUUUAAAUCUUAACUCGGAAGAUGAACAGCUCUGGGGGAAUAAGGGCAAAUAUGCUUGCCAUGGACUGUCCUACACUGAAAUCUACCAAAGUUGAUUUUUACUUUGUGUAGAUCCAUUUGUCUGUUUUAUUUAUUUUUUCCCAGUGAAGAGUGUAUUUUGAUAGAGAGCUUUUCAUUUUAUAAAUACACUAUGAGUUACCGAAAUAUCAUGGAUUUUGUUUAUUUCUAAAAUGUACAUAUAAUAUCAUAUUACUUACAUCAAAAAUACCCACUGCUCAGUUUUGAAAGGCAAAAGAAGUGUAGGGGAAAGCUGCAGAAUGGAUGGGUUUUAAGCUAGGACAUUUUGCUAUACACCGGAAAAUUGGAUGAAAACAUGAUUGUGUUUAUCAAAACUGAGUAUCUUUGA